UCGAGCGUCUGGAUUCAAUGCAGUAAACAGCAUCCGAUGUUAUUAUGCAGUUUACAUCGCAGGCGUCAUCAACGCCUCCGUUGUCGGUUUGGAUGCUGAAUGAAAGCCUCGAGCUUAGCACUGAAAUACUGUUUACAUCCGUGUCUCUUAUCAACUCAUCGAUCGAAUCGUCCGUUUCGCAAGAAAACCCCGAUCUCACGAUUUAUGUUGUUUUGAUAUUUGUCGUACUACUGCCGCUGUCGAUAUGCGUUCUCGUCGGGAAUAUUCUAGUGAUCAUCGCUGUGUACAAUAGCUUCUACCUUCGGGAGCGAGUUUUCUAUUACGUCGUAGGAAGCAUGGCAGUCACCGAUUUACUUGUCGGCUUUUCCAUCAUACCCUUAUAUUACGCAGCUAUCUUUGUUCAAACAGUGAAGGAGAGUCUUUACGGCUGCAUGACUAUGAUAAGCAUCGUGAUGAUACCAAGCACCAUAUCAAUACUCCAUGUUCUCAUCAUCGCUGCCGAUCGGUACAUCGCCGUUUUCUAUUCCUUGGAGUAUAUACGCCUGGUCACAAAACGGAGAAUUUUCAUCACCAUAGCUGUAAUAUGGGCAUUUGCACUUGUACUCCACUCUUUGCCGUUUGUGGGGUGGAGGAAGACAAAUUCCGAUCCAAACUUCGUCAUGCAGUAUUGCUUCACGGACCAGUUCUGGACACCAUCAUUUGCAUGUUUUCAGUUUGGUCUCACAGUCGUAGCCCCUCUCUGCAUCAUGAUUGGUAUCUACGCACGGAUAAUUGGAGCUGCGCGUCAUCAAGCGCGUCGAGUCGACGCGCAACAGGAAUUCGCCUUCAAUAGAAGCGAGGCGAAUGGGCAGUUAUCCAUUAUUUCUGCCGAUGUCGAGAGCAACAGCCAUUCUUGUGAAUCGCAAGCCCCUGCCGUCAGGAUCCGUCGCGGCCCAACAACGGCCGAGUUGAAGGCCACAAAGACAUCAGCCAUAGUGCUAGGUACGUUCCUUGUAUGUUGGUUGCCCGCAUACUGCAUCCAUAUAUCGUUCACAUUCAUCAACAGUAACCGGCCAGAACCGCUCCAUAACCCAACGAUUGGUCUCCUGCAAGCUAUGUCCAAUCUCCUUCCCUUCAUUAGUUCUGUAGCUAACCCUGUCAUUUAUGCCUUUCGCUACAAGGACUUCCGCAAAUCGUUCAAACAAUCGCUUCAAUUUUCUUUUUGGCGACGGGGAAAUUAAUCUUUCUUGUCUAAAACACAAUUGCUUUAAAUUUUCGAACUUAAAGGACAUUAACCAAAGAAUAAUAAAUAUUUAGCCGAGGAAUUGGGAGUGAGACUCUUAUCUCCCCGAUUGAAAGUAGAUUAAACGUCCAUUUUUCCUCUGAGCAGACGCUGUAUGAAACUGGCAAUUUGUACGAAACGAUGAUUAUAUUCAAAAUGAAUUAGCAGACUGAGCCAGACUGAUAUUUCAGUAGUAACACCGACAUGACUGACCGACAUAGGCUAAUACUUCAGUCACACUGCCAACCCAACUCUUAACCAACCGAUUCUUAGCCACUUGGGGGUAAUAUAAUGAUUUGUUCGGUCUGUUUUCGGUUGGGGUCCAGUCUCAUUGUGGUGUAGUUAUUGUUUGUAAUUAUUGCUGUAUCAAAAU